AGAAUGCCAAACAUUAAAGUAUUUUCGGGUACUUCGCAUCCACUUCUGGCUCAAAGGAUUGUCGACCAUUUGGGUAUCGAUUUGUGCAAAGCGGUCACCAAUAAAUUCAGCAGCUUGGAAACAUGUGUCGAAAUUGGUGAGUCUGUGCGCGGUGAAGAUGUGUACAUUGUACAAUCUGGUUCCGGUGAGAUUAAUGACAACUUAAUGGAAUUGCUGAUCAUGAUCAAUGCCUGCAAGAUCGCAUCAGCAUCCCGUGUAACAGCUGUGAUUCCUUGUUUCCCAUAUGCUCGCCAAGAUAAGAAAGAUAUGAGUCGCGCCCCAAUUUCCGCGAAAUUGGUUGCAAAUAUGCUAUCAGUGGCCGGAGCAGAUCACAUUAUUACUAUGGACUUGCAUGCAUCUCAAAUUCAAGGUUUCUUUGAUAUUCCCGUGGACAAUCUUUAUGCUGAACCAGCCGUUCUAAGAUGGAUCAAAGAAAAUAUUACAGAAUGGAAGAAUUCCAUUAUUGUCUCACCUGAUGCUGGUGGGGCUAAACGUGUGACGUCCAUUGCUGAUCGUUUGAACGUUGAAUUCGCACUCAUUCACAAAGAACGCAAGAAUGCCAAUGAAGUGGCUUCGAUGGUGCUUGUCGGUGAUGUCAACGAUAAAAUUGCAGUAUUGGUCGAUGAUAUGGCCGAUACAUGCGGUACAAUUGUUCAUGCUGCCGAUCGUUUGGUGGAAGCAGGUGCUACAAAGGUUUAUGCUAUUUUGACACAUGGUAUCUUUUCUGGACCAGCGAUUUCUCGCAUAAACAAUGCCUUCUUUGAGGCUGUGGUUGUUACAAAUACUAUUCCCCAGGAUGGCCAUAUGAGAGAUUGUCCCAAAAUACAGUGCAUUGAUGUCUCUAUGAUGUUUGCCGAAGCCGUUAGAAGAACACAUAACGGCGAAAGUGUUUCUUAUCUCUUCUCAAAUGUUCCAUAUAUAUAA